AUGCCUGGCUCACGGGCUCAGAGAGGAAGCAGCGCGAGCUACAAGAGCUCCAGCUUAAACGGGAACGAGGAGCGCAAGGUUGGCGAUGUGGAGGAGGGUCUGCUCACGGUCCCCCUUCUGGCCGGGCUUCAGAAAGACAACGAAGGCGACAGAGAUGGCGACAGCGAGGACGGACCAACGUUCACGAAGCCCGAGGCGCCAUCGCCGUUCCUCGAUCUCUUCUUCUUUGCUGAGAAGUUGGACUACCUGCUGAUGUUCGUGGGGACGUUGUGCGCAGCCGGCGCGGGAGUGGUGAUGCCGAUCUUCUCCAUCAUUUUUGGAGACAUCCUGGACGCUUUCCACAGCCCCAACCCCACCUCUGAGGUCAACCGGAACGCGCUAAACUUUUUCACCCUAGCCGUUGUUGCCUUUGUGCUCAACACCGGCCUCAACACGUUUUUCUCCGUGGCAGCAGAGAGACAGGUACGGCGCAUGCGGAUGCAGUACCUUCUAUCGUCCCUGCGGCAGGAGAUUGGAUGGUUCGACACGACCAAGCCGGGGGAGCUGACCACACGGAUCAAGGGGGACACGCUAGUCGUUAGCCAGGGCAUGGGAAUCAAGCUGGCGCGUCUCAUCCAGUUCAUGUCGAUGUUCGUGUCCGGCUUCACCAUCGGCUUCGUGAAGGGGUGGGAGCUCUCUCUGGUGAUGCUGUCCGUCGUCCCCCCGUUGGCGAUAGCCGGCGGGUUCCUGUUCGGAGACCUGGCGCGCCUGGCGUCGCAGUUCCAGAAGAGCAACGCCGCGGCCGGGGGAGUGGCCGAGGAGGCGAUCUCGUCUAUCCGGACCGUGGUGGCGUUCACGGGCGAGGAUAAGGAGAGCAAGCGCUACGAGAAGAAGGUGGAGGAGGCCAUGGAGACCUCCAUCAAGUCGGGCAUCGGAUUCGCGAAAGCACUGGCAGUGAUGAUGUUCAUCAUCUUCUGCUCCUACGGCCUCGGCAUGUGGUACGGUGCCUCAGAAGUAGCCCGCGACCUGCGGGAUGGCUGCACCGGGAGCCACUGUAAGACCGGCGGCGAUGUCUUGACAGUCUUCUGGGCCAUCCUUAACGGUGCUAUGUCUAUCGGCCAGAUGGGUCCAAACCUCCAGGCUGUGACGGAGGCACGCGGCGCGGCCGGGCACCUUCUCGCCGUCUGCCGUCGCGAGUCUUCGAUCGACGCUUGCUCGGAGAAGGGGCUGAAGCCACACCCGGACUCGGUGGUGGGGCAGGUGGAGCUCCGGGACGUGCACUUCACGUACCCUUCCCGCCCGAAGGAGAAGGUCUUCACCGACCUCAACCUCAAGGUCGAGCCUGGCACCACCGUGGCUCUCGUCGGGGCAUCAGGCGCUGGUAAGUCUACGGUGGUGGGGCUGCUGGAGCGGUUCUACGACCCUGACCAAGGCGGCGUCUUCUUGGACGGGGUCAACAUCAAGGAGCUGAACAUUCAGUGGUUGCGGUCGAGGCUCGGGCUGGUUUCGCAGGAGCCCUUGCUUUUCGCCCAGUCCAUUGCCGAGAACAUCGCGUGCGGGAGGGAGGGGGCCACGAGAGAGGAGGUGGAGGAAGCGGCACGACUGGCCAACGCCUACGACUUCGUUGUGCAGUUCCCCGACGGCUUCGACACCGACGUGGGGGAGAGGGGAGUGCAGCUCUCCGGCGGGCAGAAGCAGAGGAUCGCGAUCGCUCGCGCCAUCCUUAAGAACCCCGCCGUCCUUCUGCUGGACGAAGCCACCUCUGCGCUGGACGUGGAAAGCGAGAGGCUCGUUCAGGGGGCACUUGACCGUCUGCUGGAGAUGAAGCGCGGCACCACCAUCGUCAUCGCCCACCGCCUGUCGACCAUCCGAAACGCGGACAAGAUCUGCGUGAUCGAGGGCGGCAAAGUGGUGGAAACAGGAAGGCACGAGGAGCUCAUCACGAUCGAAGGCGGGAAAUACCUCCAGCUGGUCAGGCUGCAGCUCGGGGGAGCGAUGAAUGUGGACGGGACCAUCGAAGAAGAGGACGAGAGCCGGGCAUCCUCCUCCGUAGCAGCCACGGACGACGAGCUCGUGCCGCCCGCCCGCUACCGCUCCGGCAGCAUCGGGUCGUCCUCGGUGCACAGCGGUAGCGCCGACGGCGCGGGCACGUCCGGUAGUGAGGGGCGGGAGAACUCGUUCACGAGGUCUUCGAUGUCGCUGCUCAACGGAACGGAGCCGUCGGACGUGAACGUCGCGCUCCUCAAGGCCGGCAUGUCGGGUUGCAGGGCGGCCAAGCUGCCCAGGGAGAAGCGGAACCGGCUGUGGGCGCUGGGUAAGCCGGAGCGAGGCUACCUGUACCUGUCCCUCACGGCCACGGCCUUCUCAGGGGCGAUGUUCCCCGUCUUCUCCCUCAUGCUGUCCACGAUCAUCACCUUCUUCUACCUACGCGACCCCGACGAGCUGGAGCGGAAGGCCUCCCUCUGGUCCCUCAUGUUCGUGGUGCUGGCGACCGUGAUCGGGUGCGCGUACUACGUGCAGGUGUCAAGCAUGACGCAGAUAGGCGCCCGCCUCACCUCCCGCCUUCAGAACAUGACCUUCAAAGGUAUCGUCCGGCAAGAUGUGGAGUGGUUCGAUCGAGAGGAGAAUUCGACCGGCGCUCUCACGGCCCGCCUUGCCACAGAGGUCACCCUUGUGAAGAACAUCACCGGUCUCAACCUCAACAGGAUGUACCAGAACUUGAUCACGAUCACGACGGCCUUCCUGGUGGCCUUCAUCUUCGGCUCCUUGGUGUUGUCGCUCGUGCUGGCCUUCAUCAUGCCUCUUCUCAUUUUCGCCGGCUUCAUUCAGGUGAAGGUGGUUACCACCAGUGCAACGAAGAGCCAGGAUUCUGUCGCCAAGGCCGGAAAGGUGGCGGUGCAAGCCAUCGACGGCGUCCGCACGGUGGCCGCCUUCAACCUUACUCGCAAGGUGAUGGCCAUGUACAACAAGGAGCUCAAGGGGGUGCUGAGAGAAGGUCUCAAGAGGGGCGUCACCGACGGGCUGGCGCUCGGGCUGUCGCAACUUAUCUCGCUGGGCGCUCUAUGGCUUCGUGUUCUGGUGGGGCGGACACCGAGUUGUCGAUGGGAGGGAGCACUUCGACCGCAUGCUCAAGAGCCUCAUGGCGGUCAUGAUGGCAUCUCAGCGUUUCACACCCAUUUGUCGGUCGCGCUGCUGCUUUGUCGGGACGGGACGGGGCCCUUGCAGGGAGUGGGGCAGACGGCGAGCUUCCUUGGCGACUCUGCUGCUGCAAAAGCCGCCGCCGCUCGUAUGUUCGCGGUCGUUGACCGCCGGCCAGCCAUCGACUCGGCCGACACUGGCGGGGAGCGCUUGCCUGUCGUGAAGGGGACGAUUGAGCUCAGGAAAGUGCGGUUCCGUUACCCCGCCCGGCCUAAUGCUCUGGUGUUCCGUAGCUUCAAGCUCAAGGUGGAUGCGGGGACCACGGUCGCUCUGGUUGGCGCGUCCGGCAACGGCAAGUCUACGGUGAUCAACCUGCUUCUGAGGUUCUACGACCCAGAGAGAGGAGCGAUUCUCAUCGACGGCAUGGACAUCCGGUCCUUCAACGUGGCUUGGUUGCGGGGACAGAUUGGGCUCGUCUCGCAGGCAAGACCAUAUACUCAUAUACUCGAGCAAGAGGAACCCGUAUUGUUCGCGACUUCCAUCGCCGACAACAUCGCCUACGGCUGUGAGGGUGCCACGCGGGAAGAGGUGGAAGAGGCCGCUCGGAAGGCCAAUGCGCACGACUUUGUGUGCUCCUUCCCCGACGGCUACGACACCGAGGUGGGCGAGAAGGGGGUGCAGCUCUCCGGGGGGCAGAAGCAGCGCAUCGCCAUCGCGCGCGCCAUCCUCAAGGACCCGGCGAUCCUCCUGCUGGACGAGGCCACCUCGGCGCUAGACAUGGACUCCGAGAGGCUCGUGCAGGAAGCCCUCAACCAGCUGGUGGACAUGAGACAGAGGACUACCAUCGUCAUCGCACAUCGCCUCUCAACGAUCCGGAAAGCGGACAAGAUUUGCGUGGUGCACGCGGGCACGAUCGCGGAGGAAGGGUCGCAUGAGGAGCUCUUGGCGAGACCGGACAGCCGUUACAAGGUCCUCCUCGACGCCGCGGAAGGGACGGGCGGAGGAUCCAUCGCAACAUGA